CUAUACUUUAAUUUCCAUCGGGCCUUACCCAUGAUCCAGAUCCUUUCUCUAAGCGUUUUCUUCCACCAGACUUCGACGACACUCUAGCAGACGGCAAUCAGAGAGAGAAAUCGGAACGCAGAUAUGGUGUUGAUCGAACCCGUGACAUCCUCUGAAGAAAUGUCGGUGAGAAAUCCGCUCGUAGUCAAGGCAGCGGAAGCUUCGGCGGACGGCGUUUCGUCCGCUGCGUCUGGUGGUGCUGUUGCGGCUUCUGGAUAUUGUUCCGAUGGUUAUGAGACUGCUAGCGAAACUGAACUUAACGAGUCCGAUGAGGCAGAAGGGAAGGAAGGUGAACACACCCACAGCCAUAGUAGUAUACCAGAAGAAAAAGUAAAAAAUGAUAAUACGAACCCUGCAACAAAGUUGUCUACUUCUGCUGGGCAUGAAGAGGGACAGGACCAUGAAACCGAACCGGAUAUGGAUAAACUGAAUGAGACUGCAAUUGGUCUGGCUAAUGAUCUCAAGCUUGAAGGAAAUUCAUUGUUCAGGGAUGGGCUUCAUGAAGAGGCAUUAUUGAAGUACGAGCAAGCUUUGCAAGCUGUGAGAAAUGCUCCUAUGUCUACUGAAAUUCAAUCAAUAUGCCAUGCAAAUCGUGCUUCUUGUUUCUCUAAACUGGGUAACCAUGCUGAAACAAUCAAGGAAUGCACCAAAGCACUAGAACUAAACCCUACAUAUUUGAAAGCAUUGCUUAGAAGGGCAGAGGCUCAUGAAAAGCUUGACCAUUAUGAUGAGGCUAUCAAAGACAUGAAAAGUAUCUUGGAGUUGGAACCUUCACAUGACCAAGCUAGAAGAGCUCUUGUUCGUUUGAAACCAUUAGCGGAUGAAAAGCACGAAAAGAUGAAGGAAGAAAUGAUUGGCAAGCUGAAAGAAAUGGGAAAUUCCAUUUUGGGGCGGUUUGGGAUGAGCGUCGAUAACUUCAAAGCAGUCAAAGAUCCAAAUACAGGCUCCUAUUCCAUUUCGUUUCAGCAGUAGCCCGUAGUAAUUAAUGGUUGUGUGGGUGAUAUUUCUAGGAUGCCCGUGGGACUUUCUUCUUCUUAUUUCAGUAUAAUACAUAUUUAUAUACAACCAAACCAUUUGAUCUGUAUAGGCGAUUAUUGCUAUUUUGGGUCUCCUCUCGGCGAAGAGAUGGCUUUUGGAAGCGACAGGUUUUCAGACACUUGUAGAUUUGUGAUUUGUCUUUUCAAAUUACUGAUUCAGACAAAUUUCGCAUUUAUGAUGCUAUUUUCUCGACUGCAUACUUGAUUGCCCUGCUUUCUAUGUGG